AUGGAGACGAAGGCCAAGGCCCAAGGCAAAGACCCAUAUCAAGUGCUGAACGUCUCCUUCCUCUCCGGGCGCCGCAGCAUUCGCCAGGCAUAUGCGCGGCUUGCCCGUGAGCACCACCCGGACCUGAAUGGUGGGCAGGAGAGCCUGGACUGGCUGAUGAUUCGCCGCGCCUAUCGGAUCCUCACGGACCCCGAGGAGCGAGUCUCCUACGAUUCGGCCCGGAUCACGCGCAACGCCCUCAGUGCCACCGAGGGUGUGGUCGCCUUCUCCGUGGCGGCGGCGCAGCAGCUGGGCUCCGUCGUCUCCGACGUGGCCCAGGUUGCGGGCAACUUCGCCGGCAAGCUGCUUGGUUUGGGAGUCUUUCUCGCAGAGGAGUCGCAGGUUUGGGCUGAGCGCGGCAGCCAAAGCUUGGAGACGUUGAAGGCAAUGGUCGAUGAUGGCGGUACAGGCGAAAGCAAGAAAAGGAGCCUACAAGACUUCAAGCAGGCCUGGGCCGAGAAGCGAGCUCUGGCCACGAAAAGCUUAGAGGACCUCAGACAGGCCCGGAAAGAGCUCGAACAGGCCUUGGCGGAGGAGUCGGACUGA